GCCCUGUAGUCAUCUACUAAAAAAAGAGACAUUCACAGCCGAUGUCUGAAUCUCUCCUCAAAGUACUACAAAGCUGCAAAGGAUCACCCCUGCUGGGAAAUCCUGCUAACACACACUGUCAGGCACAGAACAGAUAACCCUUGCCAAAGAAACAGAGCUACAUGACUUCCCAUUCCGCAUGCUUCAGUUGGGCAGUGCUUUGCCAUGGGCUGGGAGGUGAACAACUCAACUGAUUACUGGAUUGAGGACGAUGAGCAUUAUCCCAGCUCUAACAUAGAUUACAACACAUACGAGUUUCUCUGUGAAAAAGAAGAUGUGAGAAAAUUCAUGAAAGUAUUCCUCCCUGUGUUCUAUGCGUUGACUUUCACUGUUGGAGUUGCUGGAAAUUCGUUAGUGGUUGCAAUUUACGCCUACUGCAAGAAACCAAAGACCAAGACAGAUGUGUACAUCAUGCACCUGGCCAUUGCUGAUUUGCUCUUGCUCUUCACGCUCCCCUUUUGGGCUGCAAAUGCAGUGCAGGGAUGGGAACUUGGAAAUUCAAUGUGCAAGCUCACUUCUUCUCUUUACACCAUGAAUUUCAGCUCUAGCAUGCUGUUCCUGGCCUGUAUCAGUGUGGAUAGAUACAGGGCUACCUCUGAGUCCCAGCAUCACAGAAGAGCUGGAAAACACUGCAGCGUUACCUGCAUCUGUGUCUGGCUGUCUGCCAUACUGCUCAGCAUCCCUGAACUGAUAUUUACCCAAGUCAUGACACACAAUAAUAGGAAUGAAUGCCUACCUAUAUUUCCAGCAAACAUGGAAACACUUUUAAAAGCAACCAUUCAGAUCCUAGAAGUUAUCCUGGAGUUUCUUCUUCCUUUCCUAGUAAUGAUGACCUGCUAUUCAGUUACUGCUCGGGCAAUCUUUAGAUCUGCAAACGCUAAAAAAUCUAGACCCUUCAUGGUUCUGUUGGCAGUAGUGGCUGCCUUUAUAAUUACCCAGCUACCUUACAACAUAGUUAAGUUCUGGCGAGCCAUAGAUAGCAUCUACCUACUGAUUACUGACUGUGAGGCGAGUAAAACCAUAGACAUUGCGCUCCAGGUCACCAAGAGCAUAGCUCUGUUUCACACCUGCCUGAACCCAAUUCUGUAUGCCUUCCUGGGGGCUUCUUUUAAAAUGCAUGUUAUGAAAAUAGCAAAACAUUAUGGGUACUGGAGAAGACAACAACAGCAUGAAGGGCCUGAAGAAAUCUCUAUGAAUUCUGAAGUCCGUACUGAAGAAACGAUUAGCUUCACUAUAUAGACUGUUGUUUGUAUUAUCUUAAUCAAAAUAGGGAUUACUUACUAACUUGGGGGGUAUUAUUCCAACAGCUGUUUCUCUGCAAGUCGUCUUGCAGAUGAACUUAAAAACCUGCAGAGAAGCCAAGACACUACACAGUGGAGCUCAAAAAUGGAACACAGUCAAAAUCAAGCACAAGGCAAAGAAAAUAUACUGGAAGUGCUGGAAACAAUUAAGGUAUUUUUUAAAAAAACAACAAAAGAAAACCAUAAAAUCACAGCAACAGGAUAUUAAAUUGCUGUGUAAUGGAAAAUCAGCACACAUCUAAACAACCGAUUUAAAAGAGAAAAGGAAACCAUCAGCAAUAAAAUGACAGCACAGGAACCUCUGCACCAAAAUUCAGUAAUCUUGUGUUUCUCCAACUAUUCUGGAAAACUUCACAGCAUUUGACUAAUUCUCGCUCCAGAGACGCAGUUGCAGCUUAAAAUGAGGUAUCAGUUCACAACUGAGAACCGAGAGAAGGAAAAAAAGCCAUUUUCUAUGUGUAAGCACAUAUGUAGAACAACAAGAACAACCCCCACAAGAAACACAAACUCCUGCUCUGUAACUACCAAAAAUGAUCCUUCAUGUCUCCAUUUUCUGCUCGCCCUAAACUUCAAUAAGCCCAAUGGCCAAUGAGAGGCACAUUCCAGAUCUCUGUAAACAUAAGAUCAAACAUGAAUGUCAGAGUAAUGCUAUCAAAGCAUGAGCAGAAAUGCAAGAAACACUUUUUAAAGUUAAACUUCAGAUACAGGGCCUGGAAUUUUUGGUGGGAAUUUGUAAAAUGAUGAGAUACAGAGGCAACUAUAGCCUACUAGAAUAUGCAAAGAUACAAUAAAAUAUACAAGUAUU